GCAGCAGCGCUCGGCCGGCCGGAGACGCGAGAUUCGAUCCCGGAGCGCGGAUGGCGGCAUGCCGGCGCCUGAUUGGCUGCGCGUCGCGUCCCGCACCCCGCUGAUUGGCCUCUGAGGAGCCGGGAGGAUGCUGGCCAAAGGCGUGAAGCGGAAACGGAGCGAGGACCAGGAGGAGCCCCAGCCUCCCGCAGCCACCCCGGCCGGCUCUCUCUUCAGCCUCUCCGUCUCCAAGCUGCACCAGAGUCUGCAGCAUGUGGAGCCCGACCUCCGGCACCUGGUGCUGGUGGCCAACACGCUCCGGCGCAUGCAGGGCGAGAUGCAGCCAGGCGCAGCCCCCAUUCCCCAGCCUGCCCUGGCCCCGGGGAGCCUUGCCACUGGCAGCGGCAGCAGCAGCAGCAGCAGCAGUGGUGGCAGCUCAGCCUCCAGGCACCAGGACACUUGCCGGAGGCCGCAGGGGCCCCCUCUCAGCGCCCCGCUGGAACAGCUCCUGCUCUCCAGUGUGGAUGUCUCGGUCCUCACCACCAUUCUGGAGGACUUGAGCGGCCUGGAGGGCUUUGGAGACUCUGUGCACCCCUCUGCCAGCCAGCCUGAAGGGGGCCAGCUCAGUGUGCUCAGCCCAGAGCCCGAGCGGACUUGCCCGCCCAGCCCCCUGGAGAUUCUGGGCCCCGGGGGCUACCUGCUGGAGGACGGCGUAGAGGGCACCUUUGAGGACAUAGACACCUCCAUGUACGACUGUGACCUGUGGUCGCCCGCGGCUCUCCCCAACUUCAAGGAGGCCUUCUCCAGCCCGGAGGAGGAGCAGCAGCAGCAGCCGCCGGACUUGGCUGACCUGGACUAUCUCAUGGACAUGCUGGUGGAGGCCCAGGCGUUGUGACGGGGGAGGGGUGGCAGGGAGGGGCCUGGCAGAGGCAAACCACGGUUUCCUUUGGGGGGGGAACAAGCGGCUGCACUCCUCUCAGGAGUGGGUGUAUGGGGAAAACAGGGGUUUGGCGAUGCUGCCGUUCACGGCGCCCUAAGUGGAGCAUCUGCACGGACGGCCUUUGUCUUCGGUCAUCUGCUUCCCAACCUUCUCGUAUGAGAAAAUGCCAAGGAAAAGAAUUGGGACCGGCUGCUUAUUGCGUCCCUGGUUCUCAAGUGAUGCUUCAGAGCAAAGGAGGAUCCUUCCCACUGCUGUGUUAACAAGCAAUACGAUAUGACAAGAUCCAGCAGGGGCUUUUUAGGAUCCAGUGGCUUCUCCAUUGGGAGCCCUCCCCUGCCUGACCCAUAUGGGGGGGGGGAUCUGUGUUGGGCUACUGGCUUGUUUCCAUGCAGGUGCUGAUUUGACUUCCAGGCAUCCUGAGGUGCCCAUUUUAUGAGAGCACCCCACCCCACCCCACCCCACCCCACCCUCAGCCUCCCCUGGGAAGCAGCAAGCCUGUUUCCUCCGCCACACCUUCGUGAACCCUACCGAAUUGCAUGGACAGCAACACUGUAUGUGUGGAUGCCCGCGUGUGUUUAUCCAAAUAUCUUUGGGCUGGUGCUGAGUGCUGCCUUCAGGCAGGGAACGGUUGUGAGACUGAGCGGUAAUUUAUUGUCUGAGUGCUAAGGACUGAGAGUCUUGGGGAACCGCAUUCUGUCAAAUGGCUUUUAAAAUGACCAAAUAUACACUUGCUGGCAA